UAAUUAUUUUAAAUAAUGAGACUAUAUUAUUGAUAAAACUAUACAAAAAAUUCUUGAUUCAAAGCAAGUCAUAUCUGUUUAAUACCGGUUAAUAAUUUCACUUCAAUAUUUAAUAUUUCAAAAAUGAAAAUAUUCUCUAAACAAGAAUGUGUUUUAUUGGAUUUCACAAAUGAUGAAAAAUGUAGCAAAUCUGUUAAUACGUAUUAACGCGUUAUGUCAUAAUAUUAUAAAAUGUCAUUUUACUUUUCAGUUGCAAUGUUGCGGCAUCGAGGGCCCAAAGGAUUGGGACCGCAACAAUUAUUUCAAUUGUUCGUCGAGCGACAUUGGCUCGAGGGAAGCAUGCGGCGUGCCUUUUAGCUGUUGCAAGCGAAAACCUAAUGAAAUAAUUAAAAAUAAACAAUGCGGUUAUGACGUAAGAAAGCCCAGUUACAACUUUGAGGUCGCCAAAGUGAUUUACGAAAAAGGUUGCAUACAGGCCGGCGAGGAGUGGAUAGAACGAAAUCUCCUCGCGAUUGCCAGCGGUGCGGUUGGCACAGUGUUCACUGAGAUUCUGGGGAUCUGCUUCGCGCAGAAUCUGCGAGCGGAUAUAUUCGCGCAAAAGGCGAAGUGGCAUUGACAAUCGCGUGCCCCCACGGCAGUUUAGCAUCUUGUCUUUAUAGAUGCUAACCGGCUACGUUGAUCGAAUUACAAGGUCUCGACGCGAACUCGGAACUCCAGCGAGCGGACCGAUUGGAUCUUUUCCUGGACGAAGAAA